GUGCCGUUUUUUUAAUUUCAAGACAUUUCAUUUCCAUUCAAAAAUGAUUGGUUCGGCUAAAAAAAUAAAGGUUAGUGGGAUAGCGAAUGGAAAAAAUAAUAUAUCAAACAAACGGAAGAAAGACUUUAAUAAAGCAGCCAAACAACAAGUGUUGAUUAAUAAAAAUCAAGAUAAUUCUUCCGAUGAAUCUGAUAGUAGCAUACGUGAUGAAAUGGAAAUGAAAGCUAUUGAAUCAAUCAAAUUUAAAAAAAAUAAAACAGCUAUACCAGUAUUACAGAGAUCUGAUUUAGAAGAUGAUGAUUCUGAAGAAGAUUUGGAUGAUGAAGAGGAGGAAGUUAAGCCAGCAAAAAGCAUUCCUAAUAUCGUAAAACAAAAGCAUAAUUCUAAACAAACCACUGCAAAACUUGUUAAAGAUGAUUCCAUAGAGGAAGAUGAUGAUUCCGAUGACGAGGAUGAGGAUGAUGAUAUUGAUGAAGAGGUUGCAUUUGACGAUGAAGAACAGGAAGAAGCCACUAACGAUGAAGUGGAUGACGAGGAGGAUGAAGUAGAUGAUGAGGAUGACGAAGAUGAUGAUGAUGAAGAAGAUGAUGAUGGCCAAGACGAUGCUGACGAAAUCAAACUAAAAUCUAAAGCAUCAGGUAGUGGUGGGGAUGCAAAUACCGUUUCUCAAAUAAAAUCCGUGAAGAUCAAGUUUAGAGGAACCACUUUACCAACCUCCAAAGCUCAAUUACUAAAAAAACUGAAAGAAGGUAUAGACCUGGAGGGUGCUACUGUCCAAAACGAUACCCUAUUCGGAUUUUUAAAUUUCGCGACUUCUACUACACACGCCCCAGUCAAGCGUGCCCAAAGUUUUAAUAAAAGUUCUGGUGGCUCGACGUGUUACAAUUGCAACGAAGUGGGUCACAUGUCUUUCGAAUGCCCCCAAAAGAAGAAGCAAGGCGGAGGUGGCGGAGCCCGAUCUGGAAUGACUUGCUACAAUUGCAAUAAAGAAGGUCACAUCUCUAAGGACUGCCCCAGUAAAUCAUCGGGAGGAAGCCGUAAUUGCUUCAAGUGUGGCGAGGAAGGUCACCUUUCAAGAGAAUGCCCUAGUGGUGGUGGUUCAGGAGGGAAACGAGGUGGCGGAAAUAGAUUUGGUGGUCGAGAUUUUUCCGCUCGUGGUGGAGGCCGCAAUGGAUCAAGAGGAGGGAGUAGGGGAGGUGGGUUCAAUAAAGGUAACGCUGGAUCAAAGAAAAAAGUUUUUUUUGACGAUGAUUAAAUGGUUUCGAUGUUCUCCGGAUGUUUUUAUCACAAAAAAAGCUAAAAUGACCGAUAAACAAUCAUGUUAUUUCUCAUUUCAAAUGAAUAUAUUCAUAUAUCAAAAAUAUAGGAAUUUUUUUUUUAAACAUGUUAAUGAAAAAUAAAUAUUUUUAUGUAGUAUAUAUAAAUAUUAUAAAUAUAAUAGCUAAAAUGACCGAUAAACAAUCAUGUUAUUUCUCAUUUCAAAUGAAUAUAUUCAUAUAUCAAAAAUAUAGGAUUUUUUUUUAAAUAUGUUAAUGACAAAUAAAUAUUUUUAUGUAGUAUAUAUAUAUAUAUAUAUAAAUAUUAUAAAUAUAAUAGUAUGUAAAAAUUUGUAUAUAAAAAAAUAUGAUAAUAUGA